AACUUUUUUGUUUUUUUCACUUUUUGCCUUAGACUUUCUCUUUUCUAUAUAUAUAUAUAUUUUGUAUACCUCAAUUCAAGUGUAAUAAUGAAGUCGUCCUUCAAGUUCUCCAAUCUUUGUGGAACUGUCUACACUAAUGGUAACCUAGUCUUUACACCUGAUGGCAAUUCAAUCAUUAGUCCUGUUGGCAACCGUGUUUCUGUAUUUGAUUUAGUCAACAACAAAUCCUGCACUUUACCAUUCGAAAUGCGAAGAAACAUCUCUUGUAUUGCCCUUUCACCUCAAGCUACCCUUUUGAUCACUAUAGAUGAUUCUGGACGAGGUUUCUUGAUCAACUUCCCACGUCAAACAGUUCUUCACCAAAUCAACUUUAAGAGCAAAGUCAAAUGUAUCAAAUUUAGUCCUAACGGCAAAUACGUAGCAAUCACUCACGAUCAUCAUAUUCAAGUAUGGAGGACUCCUGGAUUUACACGCGAAUUCUCUCCAUUUGUCCUUCAUCGUACUUAUACUGGUCAUCAUGACGAUGUCUCUCAUAUUAGUUGGAGCCCGGAUUCAAAAUACUUUUUAACUACAUCAAGAGAUAUGACAGCACGAUUAUAUUCAACAAACCCAACUCCUGGAUUCACCCCUGUUACACUAUCUGGUCAUAGAGCUGAAGUGAUUGGUGCUUAUUUUUCAAAGGAUAUGAAAAAUAUUUAUACAAUCAGUAAGGAUGGUGCUCUCUUCCAAUGGCGAUAUAGUUCUUAUGUUGAUUCUCGUGGUCUGGAUUCUGAUGAAGAAAUGGAAUUAGGUGAAGAUUUUAUUGAUCACGUACGAUGGCGUAUUCAAAACAAACACUACUUUAAUCAAGGUCAUGGUGUCAAGGUCAGAUCUUGUGAAUUCUAUCCUGCUAGUAAUUUGAUCAUCGCUGGUUUUACCAAUGGGAUCUUUGGUUUAUAUGAAGUUCCAAGUUUUACCACUAUUCACACUCUCAGUAUAUCACAAAAGAAAAUCAGUACUGUGGCAAUCAAUCCUUCCGGUGAAUGGCUUGCUUUUGGAUGUGCAACACUUGGUCAAUUAUUGGUAUGGGAAUGGCAAUCUGAAACAUACGUACUCAAACAACAAGGUCAUCACUAUGAUAUGAAUGCGGUCAGUUAUUCACCUGAUGGACAAACAAUGGCAACGGGUGGGGAUGAUGGCAAAGUCAAAAUAUGGAAUGCAACUUCUGGAUUUUGUUUUGUUACUUUCAGUGAUCAUAAUAGCAGUGUCAAAGCAGUGGAAUUUGCUAAACAAGGACAAGUCGUCUUCUCUGCUAGUUUGGAUGGAACUGUCCGCGCUUUUGAUCUGGUACGAUAUCGAAACUUUAGAACAUUCACUAGUCCCAAUCCCGUACAGUUUGCUUCAUUGGCAGUAGAUCCUAGUGGAGAAAUUGUAUGUGCUGGUACCAUGGAUACCUUUGAAAUUUAUGUGUGGAGUGUACAAACUGGAAAACUUUUGGAUAUUUUGGCUGGACAUGAAGGACCCAUCAGCUCUCUGGAUUUUUCUUCAUCAGGAAUGGCUUUGGUGAGUGGUAGUUGGGAUCAUACAGUACGUGUGUGGGAUGUAUUUGGACGCAACAAGCAUAUCGAAUCAUUACAACAUCAAUCUGAAGUACUUGCAGUGGCCUAUCGUCCUGAUGGAAAGCAAGUAGCAGCAUCUACAUUGGAUGGCCAAAUCUCUUUCUGGGAUGUCCACGAUUCAAAAUUAGUGGCGAACAUUGAAGGAAGGAAAGAUAUCUCUGGUGGACGCAAGGUGGACGAUCGUACAACAUCGGAAAACUCAGCAUCUGGCAAAUCAUUCAACUCGCUAUGCUACACAGCAGAUGGCUCAUCGAUUCUAGCAGGUGGCAACAGCAAGUAUAUUUGUCUUUACGAUAUUGAAUCCACAGCUUUGAUCAAGAAAUUCCAAAUCUCCAAUAAUUUAUCUUUGGAUGGUACUCAAGAAAUGCUCAGCGCUCGCAACAUGACUCAGUUUGGCAGCAAAGAAACGAUGGAUGAUGAUGAUGAACCUUCGGAUUUAGAAGACCGAAUCGAUCAUACUCUCCCUGGUACGCAAGGUGGUGAUCUGUCAGUAAGGAAAACAAGACCCGAAGUACGAUCCAUGGCUGUACGCUUCUCUCCCACGGGUCGUGCAUGGGCUGCUGCUACAACAGAUGGAUUAUUGAUUUAUUCUUUGGAUGAUGCCAUUCUUUUUGACCCUUUCGACUUGGAAUUGGAUAUCACGCCUGAUUCUGUACUUGAAACCUUGGAUGAAGCCGAUUAUCUCAAAGCAAUCUGUAUGGCCUUCCGUCUCAAUGAAAAGAAAAUCACACAAAAGGUAUUUGAAGGAACACCUCCAGAUUCUAUCCCUUUGGUGGCUCGUGGACUUCCUGAAAAAUAUUUGGACAAGUUACUCAAGUUCAUUGGUACACAUAUGGAAACCAGUCCUCAUAUUGAAUUCCAUUUACUUUGGGUCACAAGCUUACUGACUUGUCAUGGAAGGUAUUUGAAACAACAUCGUGGUGAAUUCCAAGCCGUCUUCCGUGCUCUUUAUAAAGGUGUUACUAGGGUCCGUGAUGAUAUUGCUAAUUUAUGUGACUCCAACGUAUACACGCUCAAGUACCUUCUUAGUCAACAAGCAUUAGCGAACAAGAAUACGGACGUGAUGAUGAAUUAGAAUAUAGUCACUAUGUUUUUGUUUUAUUUUAUUUUGUUCAUAUCAUACACUUCUUUUUUUAUUAUUGUUAUUAUUGUCAUCCAUAUCAUUCAUUACUUCAUAUCACAAUCGCUGUCUUCAUUCUUUCCUUGAUCAUAUUGUAGUCUUUUCUCUUUUUUUUAAAAAAAAAAACAAAUUUUAUUUACAAAACAC